CCACAAAGAAAACAGAAUUAUACUAAGUUUACUCUUCUACUUUCUAAUUGUACAAAGAAAUGAGCACUGAAGUUAUCGCUACAGGCGUGACUCUGAAAACUGCACCAUCUGCUAGAAGAACCAAAUCCCACUCUAGAGCAAAUCGAGUGCGUCCUAAGGAUGAACUAACUGGCCUCAAAAUAGUUGUUACUCCAAAAGAUACGAAAGAGUUUAAUCGCCUGGGAAUACAGUUGUUGCAAGUGAUACGUAAUGGGAAUGCAAAACAAGCAUUAAAACUGAUUGGUCAAAAUGCAGAUGUAUCUUUUUGUGACCAGGCUGGAUGGAGUGCAAUGCACCAUGCAGCUUCUAACGGCUUUGUGGAACUAAUUAUACAACUGAGAGAGAAAGAGGCAUUAGUUGACGCCUUAGAUUGUUCGAAUGAAACACCAUUACACAAAGCGUCGAGGAAGGGCCAUGCUGAAGCAGUUAUAGUACUCAUAACGUUUGGCGCAGAUAUUAGUGCUGUAAACAGUAAUGGAGAAACUGCAUUAGAGAUUGCAGUGAAAGCUGGCCAAACUACAGUCGUAGAGACUUUGUGCAUGCUUGGAGUUGAAGUUUUGUUGCAAGACUGGUCAUGGUCAAUGGUUGACGACAACGAACUAAGUAAAAAACAAAAGAAAAUUAUAGAAAUAUUGGUGAGGCAGCAUUGGCGCAGUUCUGGAUAUGCACAAAAAUCCAUUCAGUUUGAAGUAUUUUAUCUCAAAGCCAGAGAAAACAAAUAUUUGGAAAAUCUAGGUGUGAAUUUUAUUGGCAAUGAUGAAGCUGAGGACAAAGAAACAAUUGAAAAUAAUGGCGCGGAUGACGACGGGUUUUUUGUGUUUUGCGGUAAGAUGAAGUCAGAAUACUCUGAUGUCACGAAUAACCAACACAAAGACAACACUGAAAUUGUCAGUGAUAUUUAUGAAUGCAGACUUUGGUGUAAUGAGAGGAAGACCCUGAGACUUAAUGUACGUCUGAAAACUGUUCUCGCAAGCAAUGAGAAUCUCAUUAUAAUGUCAACAAAUGAAAAGAUUGGACGAAUAAAUUGUAUUGACAAGUUUACGGACCAUAAGAACCCAUCCAAACAUUAUUCUGCGGUUCAUGUUACUAUUAGUGUUAAGAAAACAUCAGUAGUAUUCUACUUUGGAAAACUAAUAGAGCCGGAAAAAUUUAGCAUCGGUUCUAAAGCUGUAACACUGAAGCCAAAAGGAGAACCUGAAGCUGAAAUAAGUAUUCCUAAAGGUUCAUUUGAAUCAGAAGGACAGAUGUUUUUACAGAUUGUUGAUACCAAAGAUGUGAACGAAGAAGAAAAGGAAGAUGAAUCUGGAGAUAUGUUGACAACAAACAUAGUCAACAUAUCUAUGACUGAUGGUCAACAACCAAACCAAGAAAUUGGUAUUAAAAUCCCAAUCCAUCAUAAGUUGUCUGAGGAUGAUGCUGUUGUAAUACUGGCAACCUCUAGCGAUGCGCCUUGUUCAGUUGACGAUUGGGAAGUCAUGGAGGCAGAAAUGGACGAAUCUGGCAAAUCCGCAACUUUUAGAAUACGUCAUUUUUCUAUCUAUGCUGGAUCAUCAAAAGAAAAAGUGAAAACUGACUUACCGGGGGUUGUCGAUGCUGUAGAGAGAUCUAUAAACCGACAAAGAAAGAUUGAGUUUAUCUUCCUAACAAAAUGGGUAAAUGCUGACAGCCAACUCUUGGUGAUAGAAGGAACUGCUGUACGGAAAUCUGAGGGUAGAAUAAAAUACUGGGCGAGACAAGGCUAUAAUGAAAAAUCAUUGAAGAGAAGCAAAGAAUUUUGUGUCAAAAAUGGGCAAAGUUUCAUGUUUACCUUAUUUGGAAACCUCGUGGAAGUAUCAAGAGAAGAGAGUUUUACUUUAACUUACCAAAACAACAGAGAUAAUUUCCGGCUGUUCAAUAUCUGCUUAGAUGACUCCAACAAACCAUUUACUGGAGAAGUCCAAAUAUCACUUGAAAAAGAGGUUAAACAAACAAUACCUUUCAAGAAGAGUGGUCUAUUUUCCUGUUGCAGUGCCCAAAGAGUAAAGAAAGUUACAAAUAUUGAACAAGAAAUCUUGCAGACCAUUUGUUAUGAGGUCAUAAAAACAAAAGCAGCCUUUUGUUUGCCGUAUGCAGUGACCUCCCUAACUGCAGUUUUGAAAAUGUCCAAAGUAACUCUAGGAUCAUUAUUUUUGGAUGAAGAGGAAUUGACUGAGGAGGACUUCUAGUUUGUGUAAAUAUUCGAGAAUUAUGAAAACAUUGGAAAAUUAUGACAAUAUUAUUUGAUUAAAAUAUGUAUUUUUACAUUUGAAAAUGCCUGUACCAAGUCAGGAAUAUGACAGUUCUUGUCCAUUUGUUUUUUAUGUGUAUUGUUAUAUGACUUGGCCAUGUGAUUAUGGACUUUCCGAAUGUGAUUUUAUUUUUUUCUUAUAUACAGAACAAUGAUAAUCAUGAUCUACAGAUGGUAAACAUGUCAUAUAUCUAAAAUAUCAUUUAUUGUAUAGACUAACAUAUAGCUUGGCUACCACAAUCGACCAAGAACUAUUGAAGUUUGGUUUUUGUCUUUUAAACGCCGUCGCACUUUGUCAGUCUGUCCAUCCGAAACAUAAAACAUACAUAGAUCCAGACAUAUGUAUCUCAACGUGGUUCUUCCAAAUUAUAACCAUAAAGUCAGCAAUUAAUCAAUCAUGAUUUUAGAAUACAGAUAAAGUACUACAUGUAUAUGCAUGUUAUUAUAUGUAAAUAUGAUAUCUUUAUCUGGAAGAUUUUACUCAUU